UUUGGGCAAGCGGCUCGAGCGAUCCAGCGGCUAGUGACGUGACGACUCCGCAGCCUGGCCAGUUGACCGUUCGUUCACCUUGUACAUGACGAAGUCUGUCAGAGCUGGUGCAGGAGUUGUUGGCGCACUGCUUGUGGUUACGUUCCUGUAUCUAUGCCUUCAGGAUCGUCGGCAAUAUGGUACAGGCCGAGCCCUGCAGUCUUCACAGGUCCUUCUUGAGCCUGCACCAUUGGAGCCUCCACCACUGACAACUGUCGUCCCAUCGGAGUUGAAGGUUACCAAUCAGAGCCAGUGGACAGCGCCACUCUCCGACGCCGGACAGGGCACUGUCGAGGCCCCAUCCGGCGAGGUCCACAGCUCCAUGCGCCCCAGCGGUGAGGACUUGGAGUCUCUGAUGCUUUUGGAGAUGACUCACACGGUGAACCCGAACUGCCAUUGCCCUUCAGUGCUGAAUGGCUACCACAAACCAGCCGAUCGCGACUGCCUCCAGAACUGCUCCCGUGCCUUUUACCUCUCGCAGAUCCCUGGGCCCAGAGUCUCGUUGAAGAACGGGCCACUGGUCUUCAAUGAGCACGAGGAGUUGUGAACAAUGGGCCUUGCCAAUGGAUCGGUGGUUCGAUGAAGUGAUUGUUGGUGCAUGCCAUUGCGUGCCGUGCAAAAGAAUUCGCUCAAGGGAAGCCCUUCCGAGCAGAAAGUUCUGUGAGGAUUCAAGGCUGCAAGAGUAUGAAUAUGUCGCAUUAGUUGCAUUUGCACUUCUUGUGACAUUGCCUUUGUGUACAGAAGAGUGUUGCCGGACCUGUUUGCAACGACCAGAUAAAAACAUGUUCACAGUACAUCACCGUGGUUUGACAGCCCAGAGGGAGAACACUUCCACUACCUGGUCAGCGCAGAGAGCAAAGACUGCUGGAUUGGCAUCAGCAAAA